CCCGAGCCCGCGGCGGCGGCGGGCGGCGGCGAGGGGGCGCCCGGGCGACGGCGGCGCGGCUGCGGGGCCUGCGGGCGGGCGGGCCGGGCCGGGCCAGGCCGCGAUGGCGACCAAGAAGGCGGGCUCGCGGCUGGAGACGGAGAUCGAGCGCUGCCGCUCCGAGUGCCAGUGGGAGCGGAUCCCCGAGCUCGUCAAGCAGCUGUCCGCCAAGCUCAUCGCCAACGAUGACAUGGCGGAGCUGCUCCUCGGGGAGUCGAAGCUGGAGCAGUACCUGAAGGAGCACCCGCUGCGGCAGGGCGCCAGCCCCCGCGGCCCCAGGCCCCAGCUGACCGAGGUCCGCAAGCACCUGACUGCCGCCCUGGACCGAGGGAACCUCAAGUCAGAGUUGCUGCAAGAGUCCAAUCUGAUCUUGGCCAAGCUGAACUACGUGGAAGGAGAUUAUAAGGAAGCGCUCAACAUUUACGCGCGCGUGGGCCUGGAAGACCUGCCGCUGGCGGCCGUCCCUCCGUACCGGCUGCGGCUGAUGGCGGAGGCCUACGCCACCAAAGGACUUUGUUUGGAGAAGCUGCCCAUUUCCUCGUCCGCCAGCAACCUCCACGUGGACCGGGAGCAGGACGUGGUCACCUGCUACGAGAAGGCCGGGGACAUCGCGCUGCUGUACCUCCAAGAGAUAGAGAGGGUAAUCCUUACUAAUAUUCAAAACAGAAGCCCUAAGCCUGGCCCUGCUCCCCACGAUCAAGAACUAGGCUUUUUCCUAGAAACAGGACUUCAGAGAGCCCAUGUCCUCUAUUUCAAAAAUGGGAACCUGACGAGAGGGGUCGGGAGAUUCAGAGAGCUCCUCAGAGCGGUCGAAACGAGGACCACCCAAAACCUGCGGAUGACCAUCGCGAGGCAGCUGGCGGAGAUCCUGCUGCGGGGCAUGUGCGAGCAGAGCUACUGGAACCCCCUGGAGGACCCGCCGUGCCAGUCGCCUCUGGACGACCCUCUCCGGAAGGGAGCGAACUCAAAAACCUACACCCUCACUCGGAAAGCCCGCGUCUACUCAGGAGAGAACAUUUUUUGUCCUCAAGAAAAUACUGAAGAAGCCCUGUUACUACUGCUGAUUAGUGAAUCUAUGGCCAACCGGGACGCUGUGCUGAGCAGGAUCCCCGAGCACAGGAGCGACCGCCUCAUCAGCCUGCAGAGCGCCUCCGUGGUCUAUGACCUGCUGACCAUCGCCCUGGGCAGAAGGGGCCAGUAUGAGAUGCUGUCGGAGUGCCUGGAAAGAGCCAUGAAGUUCGCCUUUGAGGAGUUCCACCUCUGGUACCAGUUCGCUCUGUCGCUCAUGGCUGCUGGAAAGUCUGCCCGUGCCGUGAAGGUGCUGAAGGAGUGCAUCCGGCUGAAGCCCGACGACGCCACCAUCCCCCUCCUGGCCGCCAAGCUGUGCAUGGGCUCCCUUCACUGGUUGGAAGAGGCGGAGAAGUUUGCCAAAACAGUCGUCGAUGUGGGAGAGAAGACGUCCGAGUUCAAGGCCAAAGGCUACUUAGCUCUGGGGCUCACAUACAGUCUGCAGGCCACUGACGCUUCGCUGCGAGGGAUGCAGGAGGUCCUGCAGAAGAAGGCGCUGCUUGCAUUUCAGAGGGCCCACAGCCUGUCACCUACCGACCACCAAGCAGCUUUCUACCUGGCUCUGCAGCUCGCCAUCUCCCGACAGAUCCCGGAGGCACUGGGGUACGUGCGCCAGGCGCUGCAGCUGCAAGGCGACGACGCCAACGCCCUGCACCUGCUGGCCCUCCUGCUGUCCGCGCAGAAGCACCACCAUGACGCGCUGAACAUCGUGGACAUGGCCCUGAGCGAGUACCCGGAAAAUUUCAUACUGCUGUUUUCCAAAGUGAAGCUGGAGUCGCUGUGCCGGGGUCCGGACGAGGCGCUCCUCACCUGCAAGCACAUGUUACAGAUCUGGAAGUCCUGCUACAACCUGACCAAUCCCAGUGACUCUGGACGUGGGAGCAGCCUCUUAGAUAGAACCAUUGCGGACAGACGACAGCUUAACACAAUCACUUUGCCAGACUUCAGUGACCCGGAGACAGUGUCAGAUUCCUCCUCCUCCUCCUGUUCUCUUUCAAGAACCGAAUCUCCUCUCCACCUGUUUGUAUCUUCUCAUCUCCAUCCUCAUCCCAAACCCGACACCUUUGUGUGGCCCCCCGCCGCGCGCUCAUUCAGUGACCCCGGCCCCCGCCAGGAGCCCUCUCUGUGCACCUCUCCAGAAGUAUACUUUCAUGGUUUCCCCUCCCUUUUUUCAGUUAGCUCCAUCCACGCCACGUCGGUGGCGGCCUCCCGCGUGGAGCAGGCGCUGUCAGAGGUGGCCUCGUCGCUGCAGAGCAGCGCCCCCAAGCAGGGCCCGCUGCACCCCUGGAUGACGCUGGCACAGAUCUGGCUCCACGCAGCGGAGGUCUACAUCGGCAUCGGGAAGCCCGCGGAAGCCACGGCCUGCACCCAGGAGGCUGCCAACCUCUUCCCGAUGUCCCACAACGUCCUGUACAUGCGGGGCCAAGUUGCCGAGCUGCGGGGCCACAUCGACGAAGCCCGGCGGUGGUACGAAGAAGCCUUGUCCAUCAGCCCCACCCACGUGAAGAGCAUGCAGCGGCUGGCCCUGAUUCUACACCAGCUGGGCCGCUACAGUCUAGCGGAGAAGAUUCUUCGAGACGCGGUGCAGGUGAACUCGACGGCCCACGAGGUCUGGAACGGGCUGGGCGAGGUCCUGCAAGCCCAGGGCAACGACACAGCAGCCACCGAGUGCUUCCUGACGGCCCUGGAGCUGGAGGCCAGCAGCCCCGCUGUGCCCUUCACCAUCAUCCCCCGCGUGCUCUGAGCCGGCGCCUGCCAGCCCCUCCCACCCCCGGCCCGCGGUGCCCUGAGGGGGCGGGUUGGCCACGCCGAGGCCCCAGGAGAAUGCGCGACGGACCGCCGUGGAGUAACCAAACAGGCCCCCCAUCACCACGCCCCCCCAACCCGUGUUUCUCUUGUUCCCACCAGCCCAGCGAUCAUUUCUGAAUCUACUGACGUGGUUGGAGACGGAUUGCGUGCCAUAUUCUAUUAGUCGACAUCUGAGUUUUAAGUAACACGAUUAUGGAAUUAAUCAGCCAAAGUAGAAGAAUAUAUUCCAAGUUAAAAUUCAGUGGCAGAACAGAUUAUUUUUAUCCGAGCUGUAAAGGGAGCGGUUCUCUCCUCCUCCCCACGCCUGCCCCACCCGUGGCCCGGAAACCAAAUGUGAAUCUCCUUUCUCCCACCUCAGUGCUAGUCCGAGCCAGGACACCAGCCAACACUCUCUUGGUUUUGUUGUCGAUCAUUGUACCACGUGAUCAAUUACCGUCCUCACUUAGAACAAAGCCUGAGUCCGAGAAUAUUUAUAUUUUACCAAUAUAUGCCUGUUACAAGAGAAGGAAAUAUGAGUUAUUUAAGUUUAACUUUUUUAUGUGAAUUCAGAGUUUAUUUAUCAAUGGAAAUAUGUACAAAGAAGCUUCAAAUGGAAUAUUUACCGACAUUCCUUAUACAUGACAGACACUUGGCUAAAUGGGAAGAUGAUGUUAAUAAUAAAAUGAUUUUUAAAUGGA